UCCGCAGAGGCGGCCGGGGAGCUCUGGGUCCGGUGCAGGAGGCCGGCUGCCAGCAUGGAGAGCGAGCUGGAGGCGCUGGCCCCGCGGCCCGCGAGCCCGGCCGAGCCGCCCUUCCAGGCGCUGGUGGAGGCGGCGGGCGGCCGCGGGCAGGUGCUGCUGGUGGGCGAGCUGUGGGAGCGAGAGCAGAGCCGAGCGCUGCUGCGGGACUUCGCGGGCGCCGUGUUCCCUCCCGAGCCCGCGCCGGGCGGGUCGGGCUGCGCGGAGGCCGAGGGCGAGGCCCCCGCGGCGGCCGCCGAGCCGCCCCGGGCCCCGGGGGCGAGGGCGGCGCGCGCCAUCCGCUCGCGGCUCGUCUUCGUGCUGUGCCGCGCGGGGUCGCUGGCCGCCCGGGAGCCGCGGCGCCGCCUGCGGGAGAUGCUGCGGGACGUGCGCGGCCGGAGGCGGGAGGGCGCCGCGCUCGUAGGGGUCCUGGUGACAGACGCGGGAGCCGAGGACGCGGCGGCGCCCGGGCUGCGGCUGCUCGAGGCGCUGCUGCGCGCCGUGUUCGGCCGCCAGGUCGGGGGCCCGGUGCAGGCUGCCGCCUUCAGUCCCGGCCGCCCGGCCUCCAGCCUGGCGGUCCAGGAGGCGGCCUGCAGGGCCCUGCACGCCGCCGGGCCGGGGCGACCAGUAGAAGGUGCCUGGGAAAGAUCCGGCCUACUGACGUGCUUUUCCUGGGGUCCCUGGAGCCAGAGGAAGAGCCGAGAUGUCACCUCCCCCCGAGGCCCAGCUCAAGAACACCUCCGGGUCUCAGACGAGAAGCUUGCACUGACAGCCAUAUUUCCCAACGGAGACUGUGAAGAGCGUGGAAGUGGAUCUAGAGCCCAGGAUGGAGUCGUCCACAUGCCACCCGAGCCCUUGGAGGACACAAGAUGAAGGCUGGACCCCUGGACUGGCCCUAACCUGCACACUGGGGUCUGGCCCUUCUCAGUGAGUCUCCAUGUCACCGUGUUGACCCCAGCUGAAGGUGACUGACUAUAAAGACCCCACAAGCUUGGGGGCAGCUGCCUUCACUUGCCAGCCAGGCAACAAGACCUGUGGGACCUCCUUCACACUUGGUGAUUUUUUCACUCUGUGAUUAUGGUGAUCUUGUCUCUCUGUGCCUUCAUUUCUCUGAGCCAAGGAGACCCUGUAACCACUUUGCAGACACGCCACUCAGUCUUUCUGGGGCUUGUUUCCCAAGUGAUUGAAGGGGCUGCCAGCCUAGUGGCUUUCUCUCAGGGGCCACACUGCACCUCUGGGCAACACUGGAAACUUGUGUGGGAGCAAUAAGAGGGCAUCUCACGGUGUGUAGGAUGGACUAACCACAAAUAAUUGGUUUACUCAGAAUACCGAUUGUUACAGUUUUGAGAAACAGAAGGACCAAUCCCGUCUCCCUGUCAUUCUGGGAAGAGAUCCCCUUAGGUUUCUUGGGACAUUGGCUCCCAGAACAAGCCAAAAUAAAGACCUGACUGUUACCAUGAGGCAGCCUGUGAGGCCAGAGCCAAGAUGGUUUGUGUGUUGCAAGGCCAGGACCAAAAGCACCUUGCAUGCUGUGAGAAAAAAACAGGCCUCUGUCUUCCUCAUGUUGACACUGAUUACUGUGCCAAACCCUUUGAGGAAAAGUUUGCUGGGAGCUGGCUAUAGCAGCAAGGGCAGGGAAAGCCAGGGUGUUGGGGCGCUCAGACCCUCUGACUUGUACUAGAUCUCAGGUCCUCGCCCAAGAAUCCUGGAGCUUCUAGGAUCUUCCUUCCCUCUGAGUCUGUGAGUUACAGAGUGGUUAAAUGUCCUCCAUGGAGCCUCCCGGGCUAUCUGUUCAUGCAGAGGCAACCAGGGAUUGCCUCUGCUGCUCCUGCCUGCCCCUGGAGAAAUCAGUGUUUGGAAGGACAAAGGCCCCUAAUGGUUUUCCCUAAGGUGAUAAAAGCACUGUCAGAGUGAAGUGGAUAGACCCGCGUGUUCAUCUGUGAUCCCCUCUCCAGGUACCCAGUUGUGCUUGCUUUGUGUAGCUCCCUGCGAGGAACUGCCUACCUGUGCAUCAUAAUUUCCACUCUUUCUGUGCCAGUACCAAGGCAGAGGACCCUCCCUGUUCUGCGCCUCCAUUUCCUCUUGGUGAUCCAUGGCCUGAUCCUAUCCUCAUGGAGAGAGAAUGUGGAGUGCAGAGGGUUAGCAUCUUUCUGGCGUGAGGCGGAUGCAGCAUCAUUUUAAUAACGCACGCUGGUCCCGUGGGAAAUAGUCCCAGCCGGCAUUUUUUAUUGAAGAAUGAAUGGAGGCGGGGGUUAUAGUCCAGUGAGUAGAGGGAUAACCUAGCAUGCUAGUUUGAUGCCCACCACUGCAUUAACUGGACGAGUUGCCUAUGCCUGUAAUCCCAGUACUUGAGAGGUAAGGAUGAGAAGAGCAGAGGUUCAAAUUUACCCUCAGUUACAGUGUGAAUUGUAGGCUAGCCUGGACUACAUAAGACCCUGUCUUUAAAAAAAAAAAAAAGAAAAAAAGAAUUUUGAAUUAUCAGUUAGACCUGGUUUUGCUUUUAAAUGGGGAGAGUGGUAUAUUUGAAGCUGUUAUUUUUUUGUUACAAUAUUGACCUAUGCAAUCCUGUGUAUUCACUCAAUUGGAGUUUUGUUAUUUGAUUAAGGAAGGGCUAGAAAUUUAAGUGGGGAUUCGUCUAAGACCGAAGUUACAAGGGCUAAAAUCUUCUGUGUUUGUUACCCAUGUUUGAAACUGCACAUUUCAGUCAACAUAGUUCCCUGGGCGAGGGAGUAUGUACCUUCCGCUCCAGUCUGUGGCGGUUCCUCUCCAGCCCUCACUUGGAACGCCAUGCCCACAGCACUCUCCUCCCAGCAGACACAAAGACUGGGUGUCAUGAAGAAUGCUCUUGUGGGGCCCCUGCAGAGGACUUUAGGAAGGCGUGAAGGUUGGAGUGGCCUGAGGGAGACUGGAGACCCAAAGGAAGCCAGGAGUCCCUGGGAGCUGUGUGAGGAGCUGCCAGUGAGGUCCCAGUCUGGCUCCUGGGGUUCUAACCCGUAGUGUAAUAGCAGUUCCCCUGCUUUUGACUUGAAUGCUGGUUCCUCAUGUCUAAUAAACUAGACAGUGCCUCACUGGUAUCUAAUAGAA